UUAGAUGCCACUGGCCACUAUAAUUGUUGUCCUGAAUGCCGAACGUGCAGUGAGCGGACAAACCUUCAACUUUUAAAAUGAAACUUUGCCUAAUGCUAAUUACAGUUUACGUAAUUUACAACACAUGUUUCGGCAUUAAAAUUAAAACAUUUUUUCAACAAAAUGGACUCCUUUCUCCUCGUAAAACUCGCGAGAAUAGGAAAUUGCGUCGGGACAUAAUUGUAUCUUGCUGCGGAAUAAAAAAAUGUAGCAAACAUUUUAGGAACUUGACACAACCUGUCACAUUAAUUUCUGUGGACAAAACGGCAAAAUCAAAAGAUCUGAAAGAAAUUUCACCAAUAACAAAGGUUAUUUCUCAUUUCGACACAACUAAUUUGGACCAUGUAUCUAUUUCAACGACUGAUCUUAAUAAAAACGCUGCAUCGUCUGAUACUGGCAUUGACAAUAAUAUUAUGAUUGAUCUUACAACUGGUACUCUGGAAUUAUCAACGUCAAUUGCAGGUUAUCUAAGUGGUAUUCCCGGACAAACCGCUUCAUUCACAAAUGAGCCAUCUGCACUUGAAACCGCCAGCAUUGUGAGCAGCACACAAUCUGACCAAACAGGAUCUAUUUCAAAAAGCUUUGUCACUGGUCCUGGGCUUAUAGCAACGUCAAGCACAAUUAUGGGAACAAAUGCCACAAAUUCUGUGGUGACAUUAAAUGCGGCAACAGCAGAUUCAAAUACGGUUUCUGAAUCUCUUAAAUCAACCUUCUCAAAUCCGGGAACUGCGCAAUUGAUAUCUCAGACGACCUUAAAAACUUCCCAAGCAGUUCCUACAACGUCAGCAACCUCGCUAGCCGUUUCCUCAUUAAAUACUGAUAUCGCAAGCACUGCCUUAGCUACGAUUACAGUUCCGACAGCCACAGCCACUGCAAUCAUAACUACCACCACAGAUACUACAGCUACUACUACUAAAACUAGCACCACAACAACAACAACCCCAACAACCACCACAAAACCAAGACAAUGUCAAUCGUCCUCUUGUGCGUACUACAAAAAUGCAUCAAAGCAGGCCUUAAAAUCUUCGUCGGUUUCUGAACCUUUGGGACGUUACGUAAUCGCCUCAAGCACGAUGUUUUUUGUUACCACUGCUCUCAGCACAUUAAAUGACGCAGUUGUUAGUUGUUUGCGCAAAAGCAUGGCCGUAAUUGCUGUUCCCACGACAAGUGAUAUGGAAAACUAUUUGAAAUUAUGGAAGAAAAUCACCGGCAGCACUGUUAAUUAUUGGACUUCGGGGGCAAAUGACGGAAGUUCUUGCGAAGUUGAAAAAGUGUAUACGUGGUGUGCGUCAAAUUUGACCGUGGCACCUGAUGACGUCACCAUGCAAAAAUACUGGUCCAUUGCCAAAACGUUUAACGCAACCACAGAUCGUUGCAUUGCAAUCCAAUUCAAUGCCACGUCAGCGAGUAUUUACUUCACAAAAUGCGCGAGUAGAAUGGCCUACGUUUGUGGGCCUUCGUGCAAACAACCGACGUGCCCUCAAACCUGCAAAACAAAUGAUUCACUCUUUGCAGCAGACGGGUCAAUCAAGGAACCUUCUAAGCAUGGGUACUUUGCCACAAUAUGUGGAAUCAAAUACUUGUUUGGAAACGCAAUUGGAACGUGGAGAGACAAUUACGAAAAGUGCUGCAGCUUGGGCAUGGCUCCAAUUUUCAUUGAAUCUGCUCAAGAGCAAACUUGCUUAUCAAAAUUCACACGAAACAACUGGACGUACAAUUUCAAUUACUGGACAGCUGGCACGCAGCAAGGGUGCAGAGGUCGAUGGUCAUGGUGCUCUGGGGCUGGACUUUUAGAUUUGAACGACAGCCUUACUUGGUCCUCGGCCCAGCCAGACAACAAAGCGGGAAAUGAGGAAUGUCUGCACAUGAGACUUUUUCAAAACUCUUCAGGAGUAGUCUUGUCUGAUCGAAACUGCUCUGACAAAUAUGUGAUUGCUUGCAAAGGGCAGCCAAAGAUACCAACAUGCCAGCAGGCAAAGUGUCCGAGUUACGCUUGUGAAAAAAAAAAUUCACUAUUUUAUGCUGACCAAUUAUAUGGGUACUCUAAUUAUGGAAGUUGGUUUAGCAACUGCGGAAGAACAUUUUUAUUUUCAAAUUCAAAAGCAAAUUGGUCUCGCGCUUACAACGUUUGCUGCUCAAUCGGAAUGACUUUACUGGCAGUUGAGUAUGGGGAUAAGCACCGAUGCAUUUCAAACUUUGUCAAGAUCUCGCCUCAAGUUAAUGUUGAUUUUUGGACGUCUGGGACUGAUAAGGAAUGUGACGAUUGGUACAGGUGGUGCUCGAUCGAGCGAGAUUUCCUCUCACGAAAUGUGAAUUGGAAAUCUGGCGAACCCAACAGCAAUAAUGGUGAUUGCGUGUCUAUCAACUUUUCCAACGCGACAGCCAAUCAAAGCACAUUUUCUGUAACCAACUGUUCUAAAGAACUUCAAUUUAUUUGCGAGGAAAGUGCUUUACUUCCAAAACUUACAUCCUGCAUGAAAUUGCAAAAAAAUUACAGGUGCGAAAUUCUGGGACUACGUCCGAUGCUUUGCAAAAAGAAUGCAUGGAUAUUUGGAAUGUCAGCUCAACUGAUAUGUUAGUAUUUGUAGCUGCUUAUAAUGCAUCAGAAAUACAGCUCAAUCUAAAAUGUUUCAUCAAGUGCAUAGGAGAAAACUUAAAUAUGGUUUGAAUAUUUGUUGAUAUCAUGAGGGAAAGUCUUGAAUUAAUCUGAAAUUUUGGGGUUGUAAAAAAUUUGAUCAUUUGUUACUGAUGCUUUUUAAAACGGAAUAGUUUUCGUUGGGUGGUCUUCCACCGUCUGGUGACUUGUUACGUUUGAUAGAAGACAUCAUUGCUGAAGAUGAUGAAGUUGGUCUGCAAAGUUCUUUCAAUACUUAUGAUGCGUGCAAUUCAAUAAGAUACAAUGACGAAUGUAUAACGGCUGCAAACAUUUACCAAUGCGGAAGGGAUAAUGCCCCUGUUGUAACAAGCACAAUUUUCAGCAGCAACUUGGGCAACAAUUCAAUUUACAAUCCCCCUACGCCAUGCAUUGGGACGCGUUUUCGGCAGUGCAGAACACUUGAUCGUCCUUGCAUUAUUAACAGUUCACUUGCCAACACCCUAAAUCAAGAUAAAUCAACACCAUUAGGGCAACUUGUGGAGGGUGCUAACGGCACGAAGUAUUUCAUUUCCAGCAACUGCCCUAUGCCCUAUACAUACCAUCAGGCAUAUGACUACUGCUGCAGCAUUGGAAUGCAUCUGGCUGAGACUGAAACAGUGGAAGAAUUCUACGAUCUUUGGAACCUUACUAAAAGUUGCGGAAGCUAUGGUAUUCUUGGUGAAACGUUUGCAAAUGGUGAUGGGACAGAUUCCUGGUGCCGCUCGAAAAAAGUCAUCCCUAUCGACUUGUACUAUAACAAAGUAUACCCAGAACCAGAAUGCGAUAAAAUUAACUGCAUUCUAGUCGACUUUUACGAGCCAACGACUCCAUUCUUUAAACCCUUUGUUUCUCAAAUAAUCGGUCCAUAUUGUGAGUUGGAUGACAUUGCAAAUACAAUAACAGGCUACUUUGUUUGCAAAUAACUAACAUUUGUAAAACAUUUUGAAUUUGAAUUUAAUACUACAAUUUUUUAAUUGCAUGCUUGCAAUCAUUGCGUUGAUUAAGAAAAUUUUUCAUUUUUAAAUAUUGCUAGUGGAAUUUUUUAACACAAUUUUUAGGACCAUAUGAAGAACUUAAAAGUAUUUUGAAAUUGUUGAAACAAAAAUGAUUGUCCUGUGGCAGUUACUUUACAAUAUAAGCAGUCAAAAUAAACUGUGUGUAUUUAUCCCAUGGAAUCAAUCUAUCAGGUAUAUUGAAUUUACUCUUUGCUCUCCUACAAUUUUAUCAUGCAUAAAAUUAGAAAACCUCGUUUUGUUUCCUCAAGAAUUGCCUAAAAGAUGUAAUUUUAAGAUGAAAAUUCAUUGACGUAAAAUUGUUUUUUUAAGAAGACAU